AUGGCUAUCGUGCAGGAGCACAUCAGAAACUACAAGACGUUGCCCUUUGACGCUCGCUUCCCCAACACCAAUCAGAUGCGCAACUGUUAUCAGAACUAUCUGGAUUUCCAUUGAUGUCAGAUGGCUCUCUAAGUUCGUGGAAAAGCUGUGUCGCUGUGCAACUGGUACCAGAAAUCCUACAAAUCCCUUUGCCCAUUGUCUUGGGUUAGUAAGUGGGAUGAACAACAUGAAGCUGGGUCCUUCGCUGGCAAGAUAUAG